CCCACACCACGAUGGAGGACCGACCAAGCCUUGCUGUGGCGAUGGCGGUGGCAACUCCAGGCAAGUCCAAAGAGGACGUUCUGCACAGCGGAAUCCUGCUCAAGAGAGGCCAUCUCCGAAAGAACUGGCUGACUAGGUUCUUCGUUCUCACAAGUGGCGCAUUACGAUACUACAGGAAACCACCUGGUGGUGGAGCCAAGUGCACGACUUGGAGCGUCGACCCACGAUACCUCCGUGGUGAGCUGCCGCUUGCCGACAUCAUUCACGUAGAGUGUGAUGACAGUACGCCACAACCAGCUUACCACCCACGAACGUAUCGAUUCACGAUCACAGUGUUACGCCACCGCAUUUUGUUCCUCGUACGCCGACCUGUUCGCUUUCACCUUCAAGCAACGACGGAAGAUGAGCGAGAGAGGUGGGUUCGCGUCCUCCGAGAGCCGCGAAAACAACUGUCCAAGGUGACAUUGCCGCGCCACACGUCCGCACUUGAUCUGUACAUGCACUUUGCCACGGCAGCGCACGAAGAACCACCGGUGCCGUCCAACGUGGACAAGGGCACGGCCAAGAUGCUCAGCCAAGACUUUCCGCUCUUCCUUGCACUUCUUCGGGACAUGCACGUGGUGGAAUCCGCGCAGGAUCUCGUUCGUAUUCUCGACCAAGUUCAGGGAGAAGUCGACGACGGGAGGUACAAUGACAUGCUGAAGCGGAUGCUAGCGGUCGCGGCCGAGCUUAAGCUCGAGAUGCGGCCGUCUCUGUGGACCAAGGACGUGCAGGUUGCGUACAGUUCCGUGAUGAAGUCGAUGUACCGGAGCCAGCCGAACAGCUCCAACUCGCGGCUACUGCAUCCCCUGCCAUCGAGUGUCAAACAGCAGCAGCAGCAGGCAUCCACAACGAUGAUGUCGUCGUCCAAGUACACGCUCGGCCGCAUUCUCGGCAGUGGUGCGCAUUCCAUUGUCCGAGUCGGAUAUACUUCGAGCCACACGCAAGUAGCGGUCAAAUGCAUCGCCAAGUCGCACGUGCAGUUGACGCCUGCGUUGCUGCAGGAAGUGGAACUGCUCAAGUCGCUGUCCCAUCCGAAUUUGGUUACAUGCCUGGACUUUUACGAGGCCCCGGGGUUUUACGGUGUCGUCACUCCACUCUGCACGGGUGGGAUGCUCCUAACUGACCUGAUGACCCGCCCUCGAUACACCGAAGCGGACGCCAGGAGGGUCAUCGCGCAGCUGGCGUCGGCCAUCGCUUAUCUCCAUAUCAACAACGUGAUCCAUCGCGACAUCAAGCCCGAAAACAUAUUGCUCUACACGUCAUCGGCCAACUCGCCGAUCCUGUUGGCCGACUUUGGGUUCGCCAAGCGACUUGUGGGAGGCGUUGCGACUCGCGGUACGAGCUGCGGGACACCGGGGUACAUGGCUCCGGAAGUGCUCCUGGGCCAUGACUACGGCACCCCCGUCGACUGCUGGAGCCUCGGCGUGAUCCUGUUUAUUUUGUUGUGUGGUAAGCCCCCGUUUCCAGGCGCCAAUCCAGCCGACAUUUGCAAUCGCGUCGUUCAAGCCAAGGUCGUUCUGGACCAUCCAAACUGGGCCAACGUGAGCGAAGCCGGCAAACAACUCACACUGAAGCUCCUCGUAGCCAACCCAAGCAAGCGCUUGACUGCUGCGGAGGUGCUGGAAGAUCCUUGGAUGACGCAGACAACGGCGUCGGACAAGGCACUCGAGCUGUCGGGGGUGCUGGACACUCUUCGGAGCAUCACGGGAGACGUUUCCGAUCGAGAGCUGUCGCUCUCUGCGAUGGAACUGGACGAAGUGGACGACGCGCUGCUCGAGAUGGAGCUGUGCGCGCCACUCGACGGCGAUUAAGUUAUGGAGAUGGACAGGUUUUAUUUAAAGCAAGUGCUCGAGUUUGCUCGUUGGAAG